AUGGCGGUUAUCUUGCUUAGUUUAAGCUACUUAGUUUAUCUCCUGUUGCCUGCCGACGGUUCCGUGAACCGGAAACUGAUGCUGUCGCCUCUGAUCUGCAGGGAUCAAAUCGAACUGGCGCGGGAACUCAGCCUUGUAGAAGCUGAGACUUCCGUCAUACCGACCAGCCACGCUGGGUUCAUCACCGUAGACGAGAUACUCGGAAACCAUUUGUUUUUCUGGUUCUUUCCUUCAACAUCCGGGUCUGAAUCUCCGCUCGUGGUUUGGCUUAAAAUGGAGGGUCCGGAGUUCACUUCUUCACUGGGUUUGUUUUAUGAGAACGGACCCAUGCGACUUACGGACAAGUGGUACGAGCGUAGCAACAUUUCGUGGACAGAGACUAUGUCAAUGUUAUACAUAGACAACCCCGUCGGCGUCGGCUACAGCUAUUCAGACAGUGGGAUUGCUGGAUACAGAACCGACCAAGAUGGCUAUUCUAAAGAUCUAUACGAGUUCAUCGAACAAUUUUAUCUGUUAUUUCCUGAAUACCAAAUUCGAGAGUUAUACAUAGGCGGAAAGUCUUAUGCCGGAAAGUACGUGCCGGUAUUUGCUUACCAUUUGCAUUUAGAAAUCAAAGCUGGCAGAUCAUAUCUCCCUUUAGCGGGUAUUUAUCUUGGAUCGCCUUUAUUUGACCCGUAUGAGCAAGAAAUUUUUCGAAAUCGAAUGUUUGAUGGUUUUAAAUACAAGGUUUUAAUCUACACCGGCGACCAAGACGCUCUUGUAAGUCCUGCCAUGGUCGAUGUAGCCUUGCUGUCCAUGAUCUGGUCCAGACAACAGGAAUACGAGGACUCCAGGCGUUCUGUUUGGUGGAGUGGGAAGGGUUGCAGAAACAAAUAA